UACCAAGCUCAGCAAUCAAGGGAGCCAUGGGGGACAGAGCUGGUCAGCAAGAGCAAGAGAGACCCAGCCCUCGUCUGGAAAAGCUACAGCAUUGGGCAAGGCACAGGCAGAGUGGGCACCUCUUGGUGCUGGCGGUGAGCCAGCUAUGGCUAGCAGUGGCUGUGGUGCCCUUGGCUGUCUCAGUUGCCUGCCUGAACUCUGCUUGUCACAUGGCCACAGCACUGCCGCUUGGACCUGGAGCAUUGGGUCUCCUCACUGGGAUUGUUACCCUUGAGCUGCGCAGAGCACCCCGCCUUUGGAAGGUGCGCGCCAUGAUGAUAUUCAACACCGUCAAUCUGAUCUCUGGCUUCAUUGUGGUGGUGGUUGAGGUGAUGAAGACAGCCCUGGGGCCUGCAGCACCUGCCUCCUCCAUGGUACCGGUGAGUAAAGGAGAAGAUGGGAAGACGAGGAGGCAAAAGGAGCGGGAGAGGGAUAGGGCAGGGGCAAACAGAUGUUGGUUCCCCUGUAGCAUCUUCAGCCUUGUCUACCUGCAGCUGGAAGGCUUGUUGGUGCUGGAGCUCAGUGCUGAGGCUUUCACCCUAGGAGGAGUGCUGGUCUCAGCGUAUUCCCUACUCCUGCUAAACCAGAGGAAGCCAGGAUGCUGCAGGAGACAGAGUCUGCACUACCAGGAACUGCAGGAGGGUCUCUCUGAGUUGGAGGAAGUUACUGAUUUGGAGAACGGUCCCGCGGUGGCUGGCACAGCAAACGGAACAACUGAAUGAGCUUCGGAAACCCGCAAGCGGUGGGGGAUGGCCCUCGGCAAAGCGGGGGUUCCCCAAAUGCUGUCAUCGCGCCCCCUCUGA